GUAUGUCUUCCUUGAUAGGCACUCUACAGUGGUGCAUUGGUCAAACAACCACGAGGAUGGCUGUGAAGCCAGCGUUGGGAGUUGUAUUAACGUGCGGGUUAUUACUGCCUAUUGUAUCAGAGACCAAUGGAAUAAACGCGCGCACGUGCUUCAACUCUAGUAAAGGGAAAGAGUCCAUCUACAAUUUUACAAUUUCAAAUCUCAUGGAAACUGAGAAUAUCAGUCUUUCUCAGUUUAGAGGUAAAGUGGCGCUUAUCGUGAAUGUAGCGACAUACUGAAGUUUCACAUGGCACUACCGUCAACUGAAUGCACUACAAUCUUCUCAUGGCGACUUAAAAAUACUCGCUUUUCCCUGCAACCAGUUCAAACAGCAAGAACCAGGUGGAAAUGGAACAGAAAUCAUCAAUGGGGUGAAAUACGUUCGUCCAGGGAAUGGUUUUCAACCGAACUUCGUCAUGUUUCAGAAGAUAGAAGUUAACGGAGCCAACGAACACCCUCUAUACACCUAUCUCAAAAAAAACUGUCCUCCUACAAAAGAACAUUUUGCUCCUUCAGAUUGGCUCUUCUAUGAUCCCAAACACAGUCGUGAUAUCCGUUGGAACUGGGAAAAAUUCCUUAUAGAUAAGAACGGAAAACCAGUAACUCGUUAUGGGUCUUCGGUUCAACCUAAGGAUAUAGCUACGGAUAUUGAAUAUUUGUUAAUGCAAAACUAAGACACCUUAAAAACUGUACACGUUAAGUGAAAAUAACUGUUUUGGAUAAUUCAAUACUAGUUCGUUAAUCCCUCUGUUUAAAAAUAUGUGUCUAAAAUUGAUUAAUACCUAAAAAAAGUUUUAAACUUCAGAAAUUAAUUUAUUCUCCAGAGUUUUGUUCACAUUUUUAUUUAAAAGAAAGUUUUAGGCAGUAGACAUGUUGAAGAGUUUCCUACGAACUACUCCAGCCUUCUGUCUGAUUUUGGAUACGUCUUUUCGGACUGUGUUCUGAGUUCUGUGUCGUCUCCAAAACCACACAAAAAGUUUGAGUAGUCCAUAGAAAGCCAUUCGACACAUUCUGUUUAUAUUUUGUUAUGUAAGAAAACAUUCUAAGAAGGAUUGAGGAUGAAUGUAAAGUUAACUUCCAAACAUUAAACUUUUUCUGAGAUUAUUUACUAAUUCUCGACACUUCAUUUUAAUCUUUUGUAUUUCUCUUUAAAAUAUUUCAAACUAUAGUUUCAAAAAAAAGUUAAUAUAACAUUUCUUUUUGUUUCUGAUCAAAUUAUAGUUCAUAUGGUCUUCUUGUUUCUUAAAGAAAUCAUCUAAUAUUACAUAUUCUUAUCUGAUGGAAAUACAAGCAAUAGAUCAACAAACUAGUUUCUAGACUUAUUUUGUUUUCUAUCACAUCUGUUUUUGGUUUCAUUUUUGGUGUUUAAUAUCUUACUUCAUCUUACCUGUCAUGACAAACUAAUCAGAAACUGCAUCAUUGCAGGUGAUCAGUUUAGAGGAGUCACCGGUCAAGCAACCUGGUACUUCAGUGCAUUCAGCUAGGUGCUCUACCGGUAACAAUAAUGUAAGAUGUAGGAAAGAAAAUUACGCCAUGAUAUGAUUAGAUUAUGCGUUUCUUCAAUACGUUUUUCAUCAAAAUUCUUUGUAAAUGUGUCUUAAUUGUGCUUAUUCAUUUUGAGUAAUUUUUUCUCUUCGAUUUGUCUCAAAAAUAAAGUAGUUUAUAACAUUA